AUGAGGAUACGCAUCGGAUUCACAUUGCGUUAUUUCAUUUUUGCAGUUGUUGUCUUCUCAUUUGUGGAUAUCAUGAUGUUGGCGAACGGUCCCGGGCCAUGGGAAAAUAUCAAUUUGAAGAUGAAGCGGAAUUCAAAUGGAUGCUCUACUAUCCGUACGAGUAAUGCAAAAACUGGAGAUGCCUUGUAUAAUUCGAACUUUUCUUCUCUGGAAUGCGCAGAAGGUCAGUCCGUCUAUCUUCACACUGCCUUCCUGGACAAAAGAGCCCGAGGGAAACCAAUCGUCCGGAUACUUGCCGUACUUGAAAGUGACGACCUUCCCGAGCUUGAAUGUGCAUUUAGGUUGGAUAACGGGACUGUCCUUCAAGUCGAUGUGGAGUAUUACGAAAUGUGUGAAAACCAUCGACGCCAGUAUGGAUCUUUCAUGCUCUUAUGCCCCAUUCCUGUCCGUUUCUACACGCCUUGUUCCGUUACUGUUGAACAUGCUCGAAGCAAUGGCACGGGAGCCCACCGCGUAGUACUCCCUCUGAGAAUGCUCACUGGCACGGGAAGCCAAGAGAAAAAGCACAAAUUCGGCGUAUGUGUUCCACCUAUACACGGCAACGUACAAAAACAGAAGCUGGUGGAAUUCAUCGAGCUGACAUUACUCCUCGGUGCUGAGAAAAUCAUCUUCUAUGACUAUAAAGCGACGGAUGCUGUUCGAGAUGUUUUACGAUACUACGUGAAGAGAGACAAGGUUUCCCUAGAGCCUUGGCCGUUACCUAGUAGCGUCGACCCAGAGGCAAAAAGAUUUUUUCUUCCUGGUAUUUGGUACCACGGGCAAAGCCUUGCAAUAAACGAUUGCCUUUACAAGUACUCGAACGACUUUAAGUACUUGAGUUUUAAUGAUAUUGAUGAAUUCAUCAUACCGAAACAUCAGAACACAUGGGAAGAGUUGAUUAAGUCGCAAUACAAGGACGCACAUGCUGGGUAUUGCUUUAAUAGUGCGUACUUCGACACAACUCUUCGGAACAAUCAUGGCGGCAUUUUGAUAAGCCAGAGGUUCACUACUAGAGCGAAACCUGAUAGUCAAAAGAGGCGAAAAUGCAUCGUUCGACCAGAGCGGGUCGUCGAAAUGGGAAUCCAUCAUAUAACCGUGGCGUUCACUUCGGUCAGAAGCUGCGAGAAAAUUUCGAGGCCACCUUCCGGAGAUUGA